GCUGUGCGCAUUCUUUCCCAUUCUAUCCGUUCUCUACGCCUCCCACAUUUUUGUCUCGUCUCGACUCGCCCGUUCUCGAAUCCAUCUCUCUUUAUCCUUGAUUGCGUCGAGCGCUCUGUCCUUCGCGUCGAGUCACGACUCAGCGAAUCGGCGAACGAAACGGAGCACAUCCACCGUGAACGUCACUCGUAGCAUGUAGACCGAACGGAGCUGUCAUUCGUACGUCGACGUACUCGGAGUGUCUUCUGUGAUUGAUAAUCCUAAAUGUCCCUUCGGACUCCUCAGUGUGCGGUGCUUGAUAUAUAUCAGAAAAGGAUCAUACAUCAGAUUUCACAUAUCGGUUGAUUUCAGUUGGCGAUGCUCGAAUAGGAGAUCUACGUGAUGACGAUGUCUUAAAAAUUAACCCGAUCGCACAAAGGGAGACUCAGAGAAAGGAUGGAAAUGUAAUUAAUACCUAAUAACAUCAGGCUAAAACUCAAGAGAUGGCCAUGAAAAACAAAACGCGUAUGGACUUCUACUGUGUAUUGAGCAAUUAUUUCAAUUGGAUUCUCACAAGAUCACUUCCAUCCUGCACGAAUCAGCAAUAUUUAAUAAGUAUCUUGUCUUACUCAGCUUGGAUUAGACUGCAACCGGGAUUGUUUACGGAAUGGAAGAUAUUAAUGAUCGAGGUCGUCUAUCGCUUCAUGCCAACAAUUCCAGAAGAUAUAAUUGUUAAUCUACUCUAUACGAGAUGCCAGACUGCCGUCGAUCUUAUCAGGCUCUGCAUCCUUGCCAGGGGCAGCCACCAGCGAGGCGUUAUCCGAUGA